UAUGCAUUAAGGCACUACUUUUACUCUGAUUGAUAGAAGUACCUGCAGAUUUGCUUGUGUGCGUUGCAAGACUUUUAAUGCUCGGGAAUGAGGCAAGUGUGUGCUUAAAGCCCGAGGCGAGAUAAAAGUAGCGUUAGCGUUGUAUAGCAUUGUAAGAUUUGGUCGGUAAGAAAGCAGAACCGGUGAUGAUAAUGUAUUUCCCCACAAUCAAGCUCGGUCUUCGGACACACACAAACGCAAUCAAAACCUUCAUCGUUUCUAAGAGACCGGUCUUUUGUGACAACAUCAAAAGGUGACUAGCGGUGCCGUUUUAUACGCCAAAGAGGAAAUUAAGCUUGCUCUGCUGUCACAAAAAAGUGCUCAGCAACACACCUUCUACUUUCUUCUCAUCCAUCACAAUCCCACAACAUGUCUACCUCAAAGACUGAACUGGAAGCGAUCAUCGUUGGUGCAGGUAUAAGUGGUAUUGCGACAGGUUGUCGAUUACAACUAGAUCUUGGCUUGAAAAAUUUCAAGAUUUUUGAUCGUGAUACAACAUGGGGUGGUACGUGGUUACAAAAUCAAUAUCCAGGUUGUGGCUGUGAUGUUCCAACCAGAUUAUACUCUUUAAGUUUCGCUCAACGUGCAAAUUGGAAACAAUUCUUUAGCUUACAAGAUGAAAUUCAUGAAUACUUACAAGACGUUGCAGAAGAAUUUCAUUUACCACGUAAAGCACACUUUCAACAUGAAGUCAUCUCGGCAACGUUUGAUGACGCAAAUGCACAUUGGAUCGUUCGUGUACGUGAUUUGCAAACGAAAGAAGAAAAGACUCAUACUGCACGUUUGCUUUUUUCUUGUGUAGGAGCUUUGAGCGUUCCAAGAAAAUGCGAUGUUCCGGGAUCAGAAUCUUUCCAAGGUCGCUUGUUCCAUAGCGCUCGUUGGGAAAAAGACGUUGACUUGCAAGAUCGUAAAGUGGUAAUUUUGGGUAAUGGCUGUACAGCUUCACAAAUCGUUCCUGCAAUCGCACCAAAAGUCAAACAAUUAACACAAAUCGUACGAGCAAAGCAUUGGUACGUUCCUCAUUUCGGAACACCAUUCGAAAAUCCAUUUUGGAAAUUCGUUCAACGUCAUUCACAGGCUUGGUGUGCAUUUGAACGUUUUUGUGUGGUUGUCUUGUGUGAAUCACACUUGCUACAAGCAUUCAGGAAAGAUGGUAAAGCAGCUCGUGAACGUGUGGCAGCUCGCUCAACAGCAUACAUCAAACGAUGUGCACCUGCGGAAUAUCAUGAUUUGUUGAUCCCUAAACCAGGUGAACUGGAAGUGGCAUGCAAACGCAGAAUCUUUGAUUCAACCUACAUUCCAUCUUUGGGACGUGAAAAUGUUGAAUUGACAGGUGAUCAAGCAGCAGAGAUUGUCAAAGAUGGUGUGAUUCUCAAAUCCGGCAGAAAGAUCGAAGCAGAUGUGAUCAUCUUAGCAAAUGGCUUCCAAACCGAUCAAUUUGCACUACAAAUGGAAAUCAAAAACGGUCAAGGAAAAACGUUGGAAGAUUAUUGGAAAAAAGAAACUGGCGUUCCACAAGCUUAUCGUACAUUCAUGUGUGCACCUUUCCCAAACAUGUUUAUCAUUUGGGGUCCAAAUGCUGUUACUGGACACUUUUCCGCUAUUUGGGGUCAAGAACGUGCAGUUGAAAUGGCAAUGAAAUUGGUUCGUCCGUUGUUCUUGACAGGCAAUAAAAACUUAACGCCAAUUCAACGUAGUCAUGGUAAAACUAUCCGAGUUCGUCGUUCUGCAGAAGAUUUCGAGCAAGUGUUCAUUCAAGCACAAAUGCAAUCAAUGAUUUACACCACCGGAUGUGGAUCUUGGUACGUUGAUCAAUAUACCGGCAAGGUAACAGCUGUCAAUCCAUCUUUCCAAACAACGAUUGCUUUCCGUAGCAAGUUCCCUUACUUCCCCGAUUAUGAGUAUCGUGGUAUUUCAUCAAGUGCUGCUUGGGGUGCUUGGCCAAUUGUGCAAAGACUUGGAAGUUUAUUGCGUUUAGGUGCGACACCUGACGUUUCCCAGAAGCGAUACAACAUCCUCGUUAGCUUACUCUUGGCGCCAUUGUGGAUCGUACGUUAUAUUAUCAGACGAUCUGCUGUUCGUUCUUUGCAAGGUCUUUCUUGGUUCAUCGAUUUGGUCUUCCCGUACAACAGGCCAAAGCCAUAUUCACCUUCCAAUUCCGAUGUGAAUCGUGAAGCAAAAAAGCUCGCUUAUUGAGCUCAACAUAAAAACAGUACGACAUCUGUAUAGCUUUUUAUUCAAAGUUUCUUGAAUUUAUUCUUUUUUCCAUCUCGACUAUGUUAGUCUCUUUCCCCCCAGUCUAGGUAUGGCGGGCUACCAAGUUGAUCCCGAAGGCCAUGGCAUCCUUUUGUUCUCGAAGGAAAUGUCCCCGUCGGCUCAACCGGAUUGCAAAGAUGGAAUCAUAUUUCCAUAUCCACUAGGUCGAAUCGUCCCGUGAGGGC